AUGUUUUAAAUUUUAGAGUUUUUUUUUGGGAAGAACAUUGUAUCAAAAUAUUUAUUAAAUUAGGAAUCAGCCUUUGCUUAAAAAGAUGACGAAAUUAAUCACCUAGCCGAAAAUAUUAUAAAGGAAAUUGGUAAAAUUGACAUUCAAUGUGACAAUUUUUAAAACAAUCUUGAAUCCUUUAUCUUUGUCUAUGGAAGUCGUUAUUUAGAAGUUUGUGAUGAAAUAAAGGAUAAAUUCUAAAAGAAAUCACCCCAACUAUAUUUGAGAUUCAAAUAAUACAUUUAAAUUUUAAUUGCCAAAAAAUUUAGAAAAAUAGCUAAAAAUAAAUAAAAAUAAGCAUAUUAUAAAGUUGUAGAAGCUAUCAAAUCUAAAUGCAAACUAAAUAAUCCUAUUUUGGUAAAAAAAAAUAAUAUUCGUUUAUUAUAUGAAGAAUAUUAAUAACAUUAUUCGAAGUUCCUCUAAAGGUUGUCUGAAAAUUAACCUUAAACCAUGGAUUGGAUUUUGAUUAAGUAUGAAUAGAAGGCUAAAAAUUAAUUGACAUAUUCGCUAAUAGAAAAUUAAGAAUAAAAUAGCAAAAUUAAUGUAUAUAAAUCUCUAAUUAUGAAAUGCAUUCAUAAUUAUUUUAGUACUUAAUAAUUUCGAAUAUUAACUCAAGAUCAUAUUAUUUAAUUACUUUAGUUUGGAAAUAAACUCUAUAAUUAAAUAUUUUAAGAUGUGUAACUAGGAUUUGAAAAAUUUUUAUUUGAGGUAUGUGAUCUUAACUUAUUCAAAUAAGACUAAAAGGAACUUUUAUAGGUUUUCAAUUCAAAAGAAUAUUAAAACAAAAAUUUCUUUUUUGAAAAUUUUUCAUUAGAACAAACUAUUUAAUUAAUUGUAGAAAUGUAUAUUAUAUUAUCAGGUUUUAAGUUUAAGAAUAAAUUUUUAAUGAUUGAAAAAUAUUAAACUUCAAGCCAUGCUUUUUUAUUGAAAUAUUGUGAAUAAAUCAAUAACGGAAAAUGGGAAUUUACAAACUCUUAAAUUUUAAAUCUGGCUAAUUAAGUUAUGGGAGAUAUUUAUUUUUAAAUUAUGUAACAAUUAAAUUAAAACUAAUAAAAUUAAGUAAUUAUACAGAUCAACAAUUAAAAUCAAAUGGUUUAGCUUUUUAUGAACAAUAAAUAAACUAUAAUAAAUUUUAAUCUAUAAAAUUCAACGUAUAAUUUUUGUAUCUCUAAUUUAUUUUCAGAUACUUCAGAAAAAUGUGAAAAAAUUUCUAAUGAUUAUUUUUCUAAAUUUAUUAACGAGAUAAUAAAAUAAAAGCAUAAAGAUUUAUAAAAAUAUGCAAAACCAGAAAUAUUCUAUUUGCAAUCUCUAAGUAAAUUAUAAGUGAGAUCAAAUAUAAUAACUAUUUUUGCUAAUGGUUUUCUUACUUAAAAGGAUAUAAAAGAUUAGAAUCUUUGUCCUUUAUAUCAAGAUUCAAAUUUAUAAACAUUAAUUCUUGGAUGGUAGGCUUCAUCCGUUACUAAUAUUUCAAAAUUUGCAAUUAUUGCCAGUUUCUUUGGUACUUCCCUAUUAGCAACAGCUGGUUUAGGAUUUAUUGCAGGAGUUGUAAAAUUAAUAAGUUUAUUUAAAGAAUGUUUAGCUGAAGCUAAGAAGGUAGGUAAAUAUUUGGCUUAUUUUCUUUAAUAAAAUUAUUUAGGGACUAAAACCAUAAAUUUGAUUGGAUUUUCUCUUGGAACUGUUAUUGUAUAUUAUUGUUUAAAGCAAUUAAUUAAAUUCCAAAAAGAAUCAAAUUCAGAUGAUCCUUUAAUAAUACAUAAUGUAUUGAUGUUGGGAGGAGUAGCAGAUAAAAACUUAUUAUCAAAAUUAGAUUAUAGAUGUAUCUCUGGAACCUUUCAUAAUGUUUAUAGUCGAUAAGAUUUUGUUUUGACAAAAGUUCUUUCAAAAUUGACUACAGAAAUACAACCUUGUGGUAAAUAUAUUAAAUAAAGUAAUUUUAGGAAUUAAUCCAAUUUAAAGUAUGCAUCCAAAUGUGAAAAAUCAUAAUUUCACUUAACAAGUGGAAGGACAUCUAAAUUAUAAAGGGAAAACUCUAAAAGAAAUAUUAAAAUUGACAAAUUUUGCUGAUUAAUAUUUAAUUUUAUGA